AUGAAAGCAGCCUUUGCCGCGGUCAAGAAUCAGUUGAUCUCGUCAGCGCUCUCCGCUCUGGCCAAGGAUGCUCUGGGCUUGCAGGAUGAGGCUGGGGACCUUCGGGAUCUUGCUAAUGCUUGUCCACGCAUCAGCAGCCUGUGAGUUUGGGCCCUUCCCUUACAGCGUCACGGGGAUCGUCUGCAGGAUGACCAAGCCGGCAGCAUUGCUGUUGAACCAGGAAACAGCACAGGUCAUUCAAGCAGCAUUCAGAAAUGCCAAAUUCCCAAAUAUCACCGGGGAAAGGUCCAUGCGGCUCCUUGGCAAGGUGGCUUACGGGCUGUCCAACAUCCAGGUCAAUGACUUGUCCAUAGAGAAGAGUGAGGUGGAGCUCAAGGAGAACGAUGCCAUUCACAUUGCCAUUAAAAAUGUGACAGCCUUCUUCAAAGGGACCCUGACCUACGGCUACGCCGGGGCCUGGUUUUUGCAGCUUUUUCAUUCAGUUGAUUUUGAAAUCGAGUCUUCCAUUGACCUUCAGAUAAACAUUAAACUGACAUGCCAGAAGGACCAAGUGGCUACCGAUGCCUCAGACUGCUACUUGACUUUCCACAAACUGACGCUUCACCUCCAAGGAGACAAGGAACCGGGCUGGCUGAAGCAGCUCUUCACGGAUUUCAUCUCCUUCACUUUGAAGCUUGUUCUCAAGAGCGAGGUGUGCAACGAAAUCAAUUUUCUUGCCCAGGUGCUGGCAAAUUUUGUACUUGAUUUAGCAGCAAAUUUUGUCCAGGAUAAGGAUAUCAGCGUUGAUAUUUCCCUUGCAUCAGUUCCCUUAAUAAAAGCAAAUUACCUAGAAUCACAUCACAAGGGCCUUGUCCUGUACAAGAACUACUCUGAUGUCUUCAGUGACUCUGUUUUCUCCCCGUCGCUGCUGACUGAGUCCCGAAUGCUCUACUUCUGGCUGUCCGAACACAUCCUCAACUCUCUGGCUUCGGCAGCUUUCUUAGAUAAGCGCCUGGCGUUGACCAUCAGAGGGGAGAAGUUGCAGGCGCUGUUUGAAAUGGAAGACACAGAAGCGCAGCGGAAGGCGGUGCAGAUGAUUUUUCAAGGCACCUCCUAUAAUGACUCUGUGGCCAAGGUGUGGAGUCUUGCCCAUCCCCAAAUUUCUCUUCAGCCUGAAGGGACAGUUGUGAAGUCCUUGGUAGCAGUGGAGAUCAGCAUCUUUCCCCCAGGAGAAGAGCCCCUGAUGGUUCUGUACAUGGAGAAGGAAAUCACGGUCACUAUCCAAGCUGCCUACGCAGAAAAGAAACUCAUUUUACAUGCUUUGGACUCCAGGAUAGAGUUUAAAGUCGUUAAAUGCACAGCUGAUCCAAGUGGGAAUGACCCAUCCAUAAGAAGCUUCCUGCAGACAAUGAUCUCGGUUGUCGGGAUCCCAGAAGUGAUUUCAAGGAUCGAACCAGCUUUAACUUCCCUGAUGAACAGCAAAGGGCUUCAUCUAUUUGAGAUCAGAAAUCCUGAGAUCAUCACAAGAAAGGGAUACAUAAUUGUACAACUUGACUUCAGCUUCCCGAAGCAUUUGCUUCUUGAUUUUCUUGAGAAAAGAUUAUAG